GUUCUUGGCAUUCUGGCAUGCGCGUGCGGGUGGCGUUCGCGGACGAGGCCGGCGCCCUGAUGGCCGAGGCCUGGGGCUUCUCGCGCUGCGUCGUGCCCAUCGACGACUCGCUCAAGCUCGUGGGCGACCUGUUGCACCACGUCUCGACGCGCUUCGGCCUCCAAUCGACCACCGGCGGCCUCGAAGUGCUGCUGGACGGCUUUGUACUCCUGCCAAGCGACAAGAUUGCGCUCGUCCUGCGCGCCGACGACGUGCUCACGGCCACGCCGCGCUUGGCGGCUGCAGCGCCAAUUGAGCGCAAGCAGCGUCCCAGCCGCUCAACGACCACGAAAUCCAAGCCACUCCCGAGCGCGAAUGCGAGGUCUAGCUCCAGCUCCAGCGACAGUGAGAGCAGUAGUGACGAAGAGACGAACGUCGUGGCCAAGAAGCCAUCACCAAAGAAGCCAACGCCAAAAGCUGCGGCGCCCCUACCGCCACCCACUCCAGCCAAACACAUUGCACCACCCAAAACUACCCCAACGAUUGCGACCAGCAACAGCAGCAGCAGUAGUAGCAGUAGCAGUAGCAGCAGCAGUAGCAGUAGCGAGUCCGAGCAGGAAGUCAAGACCAAGCCUCGACCGCUCGUGACGUUGAAGGAGAAGAAGCGACUCGCAAAGGCAGGGACGCCGUACCAACGCCCCGCUCCCGUCACUGCCCCAGUUGUUAGUGCUGCUUCGUCGCCGAAGAAGCGGCCGGCGGCUGUUGCUUUUCCCGACAUACAGGAUGCGACGUCGGCUGCCAAGCCACGAUGGGGCUCAACAAGCGCACCAGCCCGUGGCCACGUCCGCUUCGAUGCGAACACGAACGCUUCUCUCGACAAGUCGAUGCCAGAUGCCAAGCCUUCGCGCGCCAUAGACCAUCGACCGCGGAGCGCGGACCUGGCCAAGUACGGCCCGUCAGCCGCUCCACCACCCAGCGCAAUGUCAGCGCCACGGCUGCAGCAGCGCCAAGCACCCGUGCGUCGCGCUCCGCAGCCCGCCGUCGCAACGCCGCAGAAGGAGAAGUGGAAGCGUCCGUACCAGGUCAUCGCGUCGGUUCAAACAACUCGUGCAACGACACCCCCUGAGGACGCGUUUGCCACCUACCCCGAAGCCCAGAUCAAGUGGGUUCAAGCGGGCGAUGUCCUUGCCUUCAAGACGCUGCGUCUCUGUGAGACGACGAUGACGCCCGUCCUGAGCGCUUAUCAAGUGGGCCGGUGCGUCGCCGCAGACGCCGACGUACUCGUGUUGCAGCCGUGUGUCCAGACAGCACAAGGGGCCUACGAAGACGACAAAACCAAGGAGCCAAGCACUGUCGAGUCGAUGGAGGUCCAGGAACUGCGAGCACUUGCUGGUGCGGCACACGUGCUCGGUGAGCUCCAAUGCCGCGUGAGUCAGCCCAGCGCUUCGACCGAGGAAAACGGCAGCAACGAGCCACCGAGUAAGGACCAGCACCAGGCCGACGACGUGGAUGCGACGAUGACUGACAGCGAUGUGCUGCGUGAAAGCAAGAAGGACGAGAUGGACGCCGCGAAGGAAACCCUCUUGGAGAUGCUUCGCGCCCGGAAAGAGCAGCUUCUUCGCGAACAGCUCGAAGGCAACACGGAUGAGGCGCCGUAAUGAGUCGUACCCUAUCGUCUUAUGGAUCUAUUACACGCUCGUGCGGUGGAAGGUCGAAUUCGGUGGACGGUUUGCCGCGUGCCUUUAAUCUUCUACCUCUGCAUGGAUUGAACAAAACGUACCGGAGAUAACGUGU